UAAAAAGGGGGAGAGGGGAGGUGUGAAAGAAAUGUAAGAAAAAUCUGACGUUUUGAGGAUUCCUUUUUCAUUUGCUUUCAUAUAAAGAAAAUUCAGCCUCUCUCUUUUUUCUGCUUUUGCAUUUUGUUUUUCUGGUAACAUCUCAGCUUUUUAUUCUUAUUUAGUUCUCUCUUUUUUCCAAUUCAGUUUUUUAUUUAACUUUCUUUUAUAUUUCUAUAUACAUUAUUACACUUUUGUAUUACUGUUCCAACCAGUCUCUCUUUCUUUUUUUCUCACCCUCCCGUCUCGUCUUGUUUUUUUCGAUAUCUUUUGUUAUUUGAAAACAUAUCUCCCCCUUUCCAAACUCCCGGUAUACAUCUAUCUCUCCAAACCAUCUAUCAGCCAUCCAUUCAGACCAGAGACCAGCACACAAAAGAAACAGUAUAAUGAAGUUCUCAUCGCUCCUUCUCCUGGCCACCACAGGUCUUCUCAGCACAGCCCCUGCAGUCCACGGCAUCGAACCCCUCAGCCUCAAUAAACGCAUAGUUGGUGGCACAGCAAUAACAACGACAAAAUACAACUUUGCCGUGCGUCUAAACAUCAAAAGCGGCACCUCAGACUACCUCUGCGGCGGCACCCUCCUCGCCGACGACCUCGUAGUCACCGCCGGCCACUGCAUGCAUAACGCAGACACCAACACCGUAUACUCCUCAACCAGUGUCGCGGUCUGCUAUGGGUCGCCGAAUGUCUCGGAGAUGUCCUGCACGACAGCGCGCAAUAUCUCCUUGCACCCCAACUAUAACCCAUUGACGUACGCCAAUGACAUUGCGUUGAUCCAGAUUUCCCAGCUAAAAUCGGGAUUCAAUAUUUUGCCCGUGUACACGGGCAAAGUGCCUGAGAGCACGGUGCUGACUACGAUGGGGUGGGGUAAGACUGUGGACACGUCAAUUAAAUUGCCUGCCACACUGAUGGCCGUUGACAUCAUGGUCGGCGGCGCCGCCACGUGCAAAAAGGCUGAGGGCAGUUUUGUCAACUCUGACGGGCCUGAAAUCUGCAGUGUCAACUCGCUGACUCCCGGAAAAGACUCAUGCCAGGGCGACUCUGGCUCCCCCGCUAUUAUCACUGCGGAUGAUGGAAAAACAUACUUGGUUGGAUUGACUAGUGCCGGCGUUGAUCUCAAGGACCCCACCGCAGCCACAUGUGCGACUGCCAAUGGUAUUGCGUUUUACACUCAUAUUAACUACUUUAUGAGCUUUAUCACUGCAAAUUCUGGCAGACCUGCGUCGUUCUUUUAUGGCCAGGGUGAGGAGGACACUGGGGAUGCUAGUUCUUCACAGAGUAAGAGCGCUGCGUCAAGAAGCGUGAUUGUUGGCGGAGGCGCCCUGGUGGCUGCCAUUGCUGCUGCUAUUGUCUUUUAAAACCCUAUGUUCCUUUUUUCUUUCAUUCUUUCUUUUGUUAGGGUAUAAUAAAGCACUUCAUUUUUUCUUCAUUUUUGGUGAUUUCAAACUCUUUUUUGA